AUGUAUUUACUGAAUGUCCGAGUCGGGUCGGCCGAGCGCUCCGCCGCCUGGCACCCCGGGACUCGCAAGGGCACGCGCGAUCCUCGCCGGAAUCCCGGCGGAGGGGGCGGGGGAAGGGAGAGGCGGGGGUGGGGAGCGCGCUGCAGCCUGCGGUCCUUCUCGCACGCGCGGGCCCGGCGCUGGUCCCGGGCUGCAGGUUUCCCAGACUAUGGCAUCCGAGAACUUAAACAAAGGGGGCGGCUGCCGGCGCGAAGCGGCUGCGGAAAGUUGCGGUGGCGGAUUUCCAAGGAGCGCGGCCGCUACCCGGGCUCUCGGCGCCGCCAGCUCCCCCUUCCCACCCCCGCCGAGGCGGGGACGGGGGCCGGCUGGUGGAGGAGCAAGGAAACUUUGAAACCACUGGGGACACAUCUGCCUAUAGGAAGGCUGCUUGAGCUUCACCCGGGCUCCACCCGCAUCGGGGACAGCAAGAAAGUUUGCCCCGUGUUGUUGGAAACGCGAGCGCCCACGAAGUUUAUUAAACCUCGUACCGAACCACAAUUUCUGCGGAACGGUUCAAACACACAACCGACCCCGCACCUGCCCGCUUCCCCGCAAAGCAGAGGCCGGGCUCGCGGAGAGCGGGGCGGCCAGUCGAGGAGCAGCGGGCGGGCGCGGUCUGGAGGCUUGUGUCUGCGCCCCGGUUCCCACCUGGCGCGUCCCCGGCCCCAGGGCCCCCGCAGCCUGAGCCCCAGCCUCGCGGCUCCUAUCCCCGGAGCGCGGCCGGGCCCCGGGACCGAGCGCGAGUGGGCGGAGGGGCGAAGGGUCGGAGGCCGCGGCCAGCGAGCCGAGGCCCAGCGGGAGCUCCCCGCCCGCGCCCCGGGCCUGGUUAUGCGGCCCCGUGGGGUCGGCCUCGCGCGCCCUCGCCGGCAGGCUGCAUCCCCCCCCGGCCCGCGGGGCUUUGUGUGCCCGGCCCGGCGCACUUUCGCGAGUGGUCGGAAAGCCUCGAGCGCCAUCUAACGGGAGCAGCCGAAGCUGCCGCCGGGCUGAGGUGGGGACAAGCAGCGCGGCCCGGGCGGGGCCUUCCCACCUCCUCGCGCGCCGGCCGGACGCCACCCCCGGCGCGCGCACCGCACACGCGCUUGGGAAUCUGGAGCCCCCGAAGCCCGCCUCCCCCGGGGCGGGGGUGGGGGUGCAGCGGCUGCCUGGCCGCCCGGGACCAUUCCCUGCGCCCCUGCCCUCUCCUCCCUUCCGCGCGCCCCAGGCCACAGGAGACGAAGGAUCGUCUUGCACCUGCCUUAUUAGGGCCCUGGUGUCCUUCAAGCGCUUUUUCCUUUUGGCCCGCGAUGGAAGGUACUAAGAAGUCCCCGUCGGGAGCACCAGUUUUCCGAAAGAAACAGCCACUUAACGAAGAGGUCUGCAGCCAAAGAAGCUUCCAGAGGGAUGGGGAAAGGCGAUGAAAGAGGAUAACGGUAACAAACAAAACAGAAGUGCCCAGCUGAGGGAGAUUUGGUUCUGCUGGGGCCUCACGGGAGCUUCCGUGGCUGCUACUUGGGAGCGGCUGUUUGGCGGGGCGACAGGUGGGGAAGCCCUGCAGGGGCCUCUGGGGAGGGCGCAGGGAGCCGGGCGCAGGAAGGGACGGAAGAGAGGAGCCGGCACCCCAGAAGAUGGGCCGGAGCUUGAGGAGACUCAGGCCCCCUGAGCGUUCCAGGCCACCGUGGCGGGCCAGCCGUCCUGGGCGGUACACGUGGCGGCCAUGCUCUCCUGUCAGCUCAGGGACUUCCGCAGAGUUGGGAAGUUGGCAGAAGGACUGGCAUCCCUGACAAGGCCCAAGCCGCCCUCUCCGCACACCCCGUAGCUACCGUCUGCCCUGAGGUUUCCAGUGGAGGUGACCUGUCUCCGUGCCUCCAAGUAAAGGGCCAGAGGCAGGGAAGGCCGGUGGGCAGCCUGAGACCCGCCGCGUGGGCCCUGGUGAUGAGACCAGAGGGACUGGAGUCUAGAUCCCCCCGACUCCCGGGAACGCGGGGCAUCUCCCCAGUCCAGGCCCAGAGGCGGUGAAGAGCUGAGAGUUUUCUGCCCUGCCUUCCUGGGGACUGGAAUGCCUGUUCUUCCCUCAAGUAUGUCAGGAGGGUAGAACAUGGUGUCAGAUGGACAAACAGUUUUUAUUGUGGUAAAACACACAUACAGUUCACCAUCUUAGCCAUUUUUACGUGUACAGUUCAGUGGCGCUAAGGACAUUCCCUCUGUUGUACCACCAUCACCACCAUCCACUGUCAUCUUCCCAAACUGAAACUCUGUCCCCAUUAAGCACUAACUCCCCCUCCCCUCCCCCAGCCUCGGGCACCCACCAUCCUACCUUCUGUCUCCAUAAACUGGACUACGGGUCCCCAAUAUAAAUGGACUCAUAGAAUAUGUGUCCUGGCUUAUUUCACUUAACAUAAUGUCCACGGCAUACAUUGUAAG